AUGGAUUCACAAACGAUCACGAUACUGUUCGUUGGCGAUGAGAGAUGCGGAAAGUCAACCUUGCUAUCGGACCUCGACCAGCCUUUCAUCUUUGAUAUUCGCACUCGCCGUGGGGACUAUCGGCUCGAAUUCUACGACACUUCCAGUCCAGAAAGCUGGAGACUUCUUUGGCCCGACCUAGUCAUCCUCUGCUAUGAUAUUAGCCAGAGGCUCAGUUUGAUCAACCUCCAAAGAGUGUGGAACAAAGAGGUCCGGACAGCGGGCGUAACCGGCGACAGCACCCCGGUGCUUAUGCUGGGCCUCAAGCGGGAUCUGCGAUCUGAGAAUGAUCCCAACGGUACCAUCUACCCGCAGGAGGCGUAUCGCAUGGCGCAAGAGAUGAGGUUAGACAAGUACAUGGAAUGCUCUGCGGUGACUGGCGAGCUGCUGGAAGAGGUGUUCGACGAUAUAUGUACAACGGCGCUGAAAACGACAACUUCCGAGGGCGGGCAAAGCGAAGGAGGAUGCACAAUCAUGUGAGUUGUCC